AUGUUGCCCAAAGUUCUCCUGAUGCUCCUCAACAUAUUCCUGGCUCUCCAGUGGAGGGUUGGACCUCAUGUUAACCUGGAGAAUAAGCACCCUGUCCAAGAAAAUGUAGUCUUCGGCCCUCAGCCUAGGCCUGUUGGAAAGAAGCUUCCAGCAGAAGAAACAGAACCUGCUGCUGACUGCAUGACUGGGGGCUCAGGAGAGAACCUGACAAGAGCUUCUCGAAUUCUUAGCACCAUCCUAAGUAACUACGACCAUAAACUGCGCCCUGGAUUUGGAGAGAAGCCCACUGUGGUCACUGUCGAAAUCUUUGUCAACAGCCUCGGGCCUAUUUCCACCCUAGACAUGGAAUAUUCCAUUGACAUCAUCUUCUACCAGUCCUGGUAUGAUGAGCGCCUUCGUUACAAUGACACCUUUGAGACCCUUGUUCUACAUGGCAACGUGGUGAGACAGUUGUGGAUCCCGGAUACCUAUUUUAGGAAUUCUAAGAGGACUCAUGAAUAUGAUGUCACCAUGCCCAACCAGAUGGCUCUCAUCCACAAGGAUGGAAAGGUGUUGUAUUCAGUUAGGAUGGCCAUUGAUGCGAGCUGCUCACUCCACAUGCUCAAAUUUCCAAUGGACUCUCAUUCUUGCCCUCUGUCUUUCUCUAGCUUUUCCUAUGAUGAGCAUGAGAUGAUCUACAAGUGGGAGAAUUUCAAGCUUGAAAUCAAUGAGAACACUUGGAAGCUAUUCGAGUUUGAUUUUACAGGAAUGUACAACAAAACUGAAAUCAUCUCCACCCCAGUUGGUGACUUCAUGGUCAUGACCUUCUUCUUCAAUGUGAGCAGGCGGUUUGGCUUCAUUGUCUUUCAAAACUAUGUCCCUUCAUCUGUGACCACAAUGCUCUCCUGGGUCUCCUUCUGGAUCAAGAUAGAGGCUUCUGCGGCCAGGACCUCUGUAGGGGUCAGUUCUGUAGUCACCAUGGCCACGCUGGGCACCCUUUCCCGUAAGAAUUUCCCUCGUGUCUCCUAUCUCACAGCUUUGGACUUGUAUAUUGCCAUUUGUUUCGUCUUGUGCUUCUGUACUCUACUAGAAUUUGCUGUGCUCAACUUCCUGAUCUAUAACGAGACGAAACGACAGGCUUCUCCAAAGCUCUACCAUCUUUCAACCAGUAGCCGUGCUAAUACCCGUACUCGUGCUCGUGCCCGCACCCGCGCUCGUGCCCGUGCCCGCCAGCAGCAGGAAGUGUUUGUGUGUGAGAUCAUCACCUAUGAUGGGAAUGCUGAAGAAGAGCAUCAGUAUUGCCCAGUCCAGCAGUCAAGCUCAAGAAGACCCCAGUGUCCCCGGAGGCGAUGUGACAGAAGCUAUGUGUGCUUCAGGGUUCUCAGGAGAUACUUCUGCAUGGCUCCUUGUUGUGAAGGCAGCACCUGGCAGCGGGGCCGCAUCUGCAUCCAUGUUUACCGCCUGGACAACUACUCGCGGGUGCUUUUCCCUAUUACAUUCUUUUUCUUCAAUCUGCUCUACUGGCUGAUUUGCCUUAACCUGUAGGCUGCAGCUGGUAGCUCAUGGGGCAGCCUCCGCAGUUCCCCAGGAGGUGCCAAGCCCCUUUGCCAAGGGAGUUGGGAGACAACAGCAACAGCAUUAGAGGUACCUAGAGAGAGUUUUUCCUAACCUGGUUCCCAGUGCAAGCCUAUAGAGAAUUUGUCUCUACUGGCCCUCUCCCCCUUGGCCUGCUCACUCAGUCUUCCCAACAGCCCUUUUCAAGUAACAGCCCACCUCUCUAUUCUUCAAAGAGGAUUCAUGAUGCUCAAUGUGCUACAUUUGAGAAGAUAAGAUACCUCCCAAUGGUAUUAACAGCUACUGUCUUUCCCCAGAAGCCCAUGCUUCUUUUAGUGAUGCUAAGGGGCCCAGCUCAGCCCCAGAAUGCACAGAGUGACAAUAUAGCAGGAGGAGUGUCCCCACCCUUAAGUCUUUAAGUCAGACCAUUAGAUUCUUGUUUUUUCCUUGACCUCCCUCCCUCUCUCCACACACACUCACACACACACACACACACACACACACACACACACGAUCUCUGUAGGAGGUGAGGAACAAGCAAGUGGGCAUAUUUGGAAAGUAGCCCCUCACUGUUGCUGUGCCAUCUCCAUCUCCCCACCUGCCUCCAUCUGCAGUACCAAUUCAGUUCCCUUCAUCCAAUGGGUAUCUAUUUGUGUGUAAAAUAUUUGUAAUUUCCCUUGCUUUGUAUGCCCCCUUCCUCCUCCUCCUUAACCCUUGUGAUUUGUUCUGUAACUUCCCCGGUGACUUUCCCAGCCCUGAUCCAGGUGCUAGGCUUUGGUGACUCACUGGGACCAAGAAACUAAGUACAUUCUGUUUGGCAGUGGCCAUUACCUGCCACUGAUUGGUGCUCACCUCAGGCACAGUCUAAAUGUUUGACUGCUUUCUUGGACCCUGAACCCGAAAGCCUGUCCACUGCCAUCCCUGGGGCACUCACACAAUUGCAAUCAAUUGAACUCCCUUAAAUUUAUAUAGACUUUUCCCUUUGGCAAAACACUUUUGACAAAUCAUUUCUAUUUGGAGUCUUGUUCCAGCCCUGUGACAUCUUUGGGCACAGUUUGUUCUCCAUUUGCAGAUGGCAACCUUGAGGUACAGAUUUCUAUGUGACUGUGGGUCUUGCUGAAAGCCAAUCUAGUGCCCUCUUGUCACCUGCUAAAAGCACAUGGCAGGGCUAGGAAGCUCUGAUCACCAUGACUCAAUUUUGUUUCCCCUGCUGGCACCCCAGUGGCAGGGCACAGAGUAAAGACAGCCCCCCUGAAGCAUGGACCGUCUCCUAACUAGGCCUGAGGUGAUCGGACUGCUCUGCAGGUUGAACUCCUGCCUCCAGUAACCCAGUGAGAUGAGUUUGUACGUGUCCCAAUGCUUGUAUAUG